UACGGGGGGAUUUUACGUCUCGGGAACAGAGAGAGGCAGCGGUUAACGGGCUGCAGGCGUUUGAAGUCAGGGCACACACCUGCCUGCAGCUCGGCUGGCAGUAGGUGUGCCCAGCUGUUGCAGCCACAUAAGCUUUUCUUAAGCAACAGUUAUACCAACUUAACGUGUGGUUUGAUAACAGGAACCGGGUUUGUUGUGAUGUUGGCUGAAGUCUCUCGUGGGUUUUUUUCUUUCUCAGUAAACUGCUAAAAACGUAGGUGUUCAUCUGUAGUUGUGUUUAAUUUGCCAAGUGCACUUACUCAUUUCUUUAGUAUGGAAAGAGGGUCUUUUUCCCUGUGAGGAAACAAGAAGUAACAGAACAGCAAGGAUCUGUCAGAAAAAAAUGUUUUUUUUCCUCGAGGAGAGACAGUAGCAGCUUCUCUCUCAUUACAGGGUGAACAGACUUACUAAUAUCAGAGUAAAGCUUAAGGGGAACUUCCCUUGAGGUGAACUUUGCUGUGUCCCACCUGGGGAUCUGCUCCGCUGAACAUCUUCUGACUUGUACCAAAGAUCUAGUUCAUAAACCAGCCUGUUUCAUUCUGAGUUAGGCAAAUUUCCUUAAUGGUAACUUUUUAAAAUAAACAAACUUCCUUAAUAAUAAUGAUUUUGCAUUUGAUAGCCUGGGAGAGAAACAGCUGAGGGGUAGAUAUGGUAGAUAAACUUGCAACUGGAGUGGAGGCAAUAAACAGGAAAGAGCUGCUUGCUGUCUUUCAGACCAAGAACUACAGCAGUCGAGUGACUCUGAGAAGGAAAAUAUUGAAAACAAGUAAGACUAAGUGGGUUUUUACACAAUACUCAGGUCAGCUGCAGAGUGUUUUGUCCGUGUUUCACCCCCCUUCCUUGCCCUCUCUCCUCAAGUCUACUGGAUGUCAGAAAACUUAUGUGGGUUCAAAAGCCACUGGAUGGAGGAAAUUGAAAUUUCAUGAGAAGUAGAAAGUUGUAACCCCUGGCUUUGGAAACUGCUAAGUUGUAAGGGAACAGAAACUGAAAGAGCAUGUGGAGAAGACGUUGGAGAGUACUUAUUCUCCUGCUCUUUCUCCUCUUUCCAAGCAUCCAGGUACUCUGAGACAACGUGCUGGGCUGGAUGUGCCCUAUGGAUGUGAUGUGGCUGUUCUUCCAUACGUACAGCUUUUCUGAGAUGGUCAUAGAAAGGGAAAUGAAAUGCUACUGUAUUUGUGCACCUGUGGUUUUUUUUUGGUCUUAUGUAUCUGAUACUGAUGGGGUUUGGUCCAGUUCUUGUGUAUUUUUCUGUACACUGCCCAGCUGUAAAGGCACUUAAAGAUCACUAACAACCCCAGCUAACGCUUUUUGACACGAUUUAUAUAAAUGAACAAUUCUUAAGGACUACAACUUUUUGAAAAGCAGCAACGGUGGUAAGGGAUACAUUCAGGUUUGAAUUGCUUGUGUUGGCACAGCCCUUGUGCUGGGAUCACAGCGGAGAUGCAGGAAAGGGGACCAGACACUGAAAAUCGCUUGUGUACCAAGAUCUAUAGAUUUUGUGGAUGAUAAGCUAUACUGUGCAUGCUAUUUUCUGGCCUAAUAUGUGCAAAUUAUUCUAGUCAGUCAACAGGCUGUCUGUGAUCAUCUUAAAAAUGCCUUCAUGGCUGAGACAAGAUCUCUGAAAUUCUUUAGAAGUAGUCCAGGUGAGCUGGAAAGAAUUAGCCAAAGGUAAAAUUAAAAAAGCACAAAGGGUCAAAGCUAUGUGCUAUCACUAAAUAUAAAGAAACCAGUGAGUGCUGAUGUAUAGGAUUCAGGGAAGCCUGGAUAAUGUUGAAAUGUUGGUUGAGAACAAACAGGUAAGUCCAGAGACUGUUGAUCAUGCGGAUCUUGCCAGUCUGGCAGCUACUUAGCCUGGCCAGAUAAGGCUGAGGGCCUUGCAGGUGUCCACAAUGUACAGUGUGAUUUCAAGAAGCUUUAUGUCCACUAGCAGGACAGAAACACAGCAUUUUCAGACUUUAGCAGAAAGAUUUCAGGAAAGGGCGAUGCAGGGAUUUUGGAAACUCAUUAGCUAUUGGUUAGAGGAAGGAGCAGAGCACUGGAGAGGUGCUGAUGUACCCGCUCGGUCAUUAGUCUUGGUGGUUACUGUGUACCGACACAACAAAGUGACUUCAGGUAGGAAGUGGAUAAGGAGUGUGGGCUGUCCUGUUGUGUGCUGAUGAAGUGAGUUUGGUCUCACUAACAGAUGAUGCUUAAGAGGACUCUAGCAGGAGCUCACGGCAUUUGUGUAGCUGUUACAGCUGCAGAAAGGGCAUCAGGAGUCAGACGGUGACUCCAGCUUUUGAGGUCUUCAGGAAAUAUUAAUAAAGGAACUAAGAGACGCAGCAGAUGAGUCACAAAAGGCUCAUUUCUGCAACAUAAACUGCAGGAUGCCAAAUCCAGCAACAGAGAUAAGUUUUGCGUAACUCUGCCAAGUCAAGCCUCAUCAGACCUCUUGCUGAAAAACUUAAGGAAGCUUCACCAGGAUUUGCAACGUGACCAAGUGUGACACACAGGUCCCUCUGCUUUGAGUACAAGAGGGACAACUGUGAAGAAAGAGGAGUUCUCUAAUCGCAUGACACCCAGACAGACGCAUCAUUAAGCAGAUGACAGGGUACAUACAAGCCCAUCAGAGACCAACACAUCUUUGUGCUCUGUCGUAUUGUCUAACUACAAUGUGGCUUACAUGGUGCAUCAGGAAGGUAGCCACUGGCCCCGGGCAGGAUUCCCUGGUGCUAAUCAAAGACUUUUUUUUUUUUUUUUUUUUUUUUGGAUUGAUGUUGUGGAGUGCAGUUGGCCUGUGUGCGUUUUUGUGGUACAUAGUGCUGGGAGCUUUUGUCUUACAGGAAAUUCCUGUAAUCGCUAUAUUUCUAUGUUCUUAAUUUUUUUAUCAAUUAAUAACAUUUUAUACCAUUGCCUGCUGUACCCCCCCCAUUACACUGAAAAGGGGUAAAGUUGACCCAGCUGCUGUCAUGCCAAGUUGCAUGUUAUGCAUAUAGGGAGUGCCAAAUAUUAAGUGAGGAAUUCAGAAACUGUUUUCACUGUCUGAAUUUGCCAUGCUGGGCCCCUCCAGCUAAGGCAGAACUACAGCAUCCUGUAAAUCUGCACCACCCAGACGUCUCUUUGGAGCUUAUGAGAUUCAGCCUGCUCCAGCCAGACUGGAGAACAGUGCAAAUAAUAAGCUACACAGUACAGAGGUGUGUGGUUUAUAAAUCUGUAUGAGCUGGAAGGCUAAUGAUGAAGAGGAGGCUGUUGUGCACAAUUCUUUAGCCAAAAUCUGGAUGGAGAGGAGGAGAAUGCUACAUAUGCCUUAGGAGUACUGCUGUGAUGUUUUCCUUGAGGGAAAAUACCAUGGUAUUUGUUUGUGGUACGUGCAAAUGUUUCUUUGUAACUAUUGCAUACACAAAGCUUAGGCAUAAUAGCACAAAAAUAUAUUUCUUGCCAUAUAAGAGACAUUGUAUACCGUAUGAGGUACUUAUGUAUAGGUGAACUUGCAAUGCAAAUCAUUGUGUCUAAAGAGAGUUUCAGAAAGUAUCACCAGGACUGUGGGGGUCAUACCAGUAGACCAAAUUUCUGGCUUUGGCUCCGUGGCAGAGCUAUUUUAUCUGUGGAGGGGGCAAGGCAUCUGAGACCUGAAGUCUCAGUACCUGAAGUACUGUGCAAGUCUUGAACUUGCUGAGGCUUUUGACAGAGAUUUGUCACAGCUGGGUGCUUUCCUGCCUCUCCCCAAGUUCUCCUCACCCUGCCGUAGAAGGAAAUUAGGUUGCUUUGAUGUGAUCUGUUCUUUUUAUGGUGUUUUUCCCCCAUCUUCUUGAUGCUUAGAAAUGCUAUGCGAGUAAACAAAAAUACAUGCUUAUUAUAGAGAUAAUGGCUUCCACAGCUUAUCACACAAAGCCUCCAUACUCACUGUUUUUCAGCUAACAUUUUACACUUUUUCUUUCAUAAUCUGUGCAAGCAAUAAUGUCGUCCCUGCUACUUCUGUACAUCCGACUUCAUACGCGCUUGAAACACCGAUAAAGCUGAAGGCUGCGGGCACUGGCAGGAUGGAGCAGACACCAGGACUUUGUUCAACCACCGAGCUGGCUGUGCCCAUGUUGAUCUUCUGGGACAGAGCAUCCUAAAAGAGCUCCGCAAGGGGGGGAGACCACAGCAAAGUCCAGGAGAAUGAAGAGACGCAAGUGUGCCUACAAAUGUCCCUCACGAAGGAAGAUCCUGAUCCUGUGUGUUACAGGGUGGCUGAUUGCACUGCUGAAGCUCCUCCAUGUCGAAAGACACUUUUUCCCCUCUAAGGGCAUUUAUUUGGUUGAGCACUUCCUGAGCACUUCUCCUUAUGUUAGAAACAGGUAUUCCUACCUUAGAAAUGAGUUCCAGUAUGAAAUUAAUUGUUCAUCCAUAUAUGAGCAAGAUCCCCAUGAAAUUGGCAAGAGCUUAGAGAUAAGAAGAAAAGAGAUAAUUGAUUUAGCCGAUGAAGAUGUCGUAGCAAUGACAAGUGAUUGCCACAUGUAUCGUUCACUUAGGAAAUACCACCUAAAACCUGUUUCUCCAGAGGAGGAGAGUUUUCCAAUUGCCUAUUCUUUGGUUGUUCAUAAAGAUGCAGUGAUGGUAGAAAGGCUCAUACAUUCAUUGUACAGUCAUCAAAAUAUUUACUGCAUCCAUUAUGACCAAAAAGCACCAAAAAGUUUCAAAUCCGCUAUGAACAAUCUAGCUAAAUGUUUCCCCAAUGUUUUCAUUGCAUCAAAAUUGGAGACAGUGGACUAUGCACAUAUUUCACGGCUGCAAGCAGAUUUCAAUUGUUUGUCGGAUUUGAUGGACUCUUCAGUUCCCUGGACGUAUGUUAUUAAUUUGUGUGGCCAAGAUUUCCCUUUGAGGUCAAAUUUUGAGUUGGUUGCUGAACUGAAGAAACUUGGUGGAGGAAACAUGCUGGAAACUAUAAAGCCAAGCAGUAGCAAAAGAGAACGAUUUACUUAUCAUUAUGAACUUAUGAAAGUGCCUUAUGAAUACAUGCAGAUGCCUGUAAAAACCAACAUUUCCAAGAAUCCUCCACCUCAUAAUAUUGAGGUAUUUGUAGGCAGUGCCUAUUUUGUUUUAAGCCGAGCAUUUAUUCAAUAUACCCUUGAAAGCUCUCUUGCAAAAGAUUUUUUUGAGUGGUCAAGGGAUACGUACUCUCCGGAUGAGCAUUUCUGGGCCACUCUUGUACGUGUUCCUGGAGUCCCUGGGGAAAUUCCAAGGUUGGCCCAGGACAUAACAGACCUACAAAGCAAAACUCGUCUGGUGAAAUGGAAUUAUCUUGAAAACCAUUUGUAUCCUCCAUGCACUGGUACCCACCUUCGCAGUGUCUGCAUCUAUGGGGCUGCAGAAUUAAGAUGGCUUCUGAAUUACGGGCACUGGUUCGCCAACAAGUUUGACUCCAAAGUAGACCCUGUCCUGGUAAAAUGCUUGGCAGAAAAACUGGCAGAACAACAGAAAGAGUGGGUAUAUUUGUCCUCUGAUAAAUACUUUCUGGACCUAUAUUCUAUGAAUGCCUCGCUGUAGCAGCGUACAGACAUCCCUGCUGUCAGUACUGUAUACUGUUCUAGCACAGCGCCUGCAGUUCCUCUGCCUUGACCUGCUGCAGGAUGUUAGCGAGCCAAACGCCGGUUCUGCACAAAGUUCAGGGCUCUGGAGAGCCAGGUUCCUGGCCAUUUAUUUAUGAAAAGUCCUGCCUCUCUGAUUAACAGUUUUGUAACUCGCCACAAUAAUCCUGUAAUUGUUCUUCAGGGUGAUUCUGAGAGGGUGAGGUUUGCUUUUGGAGGCUCUGGCGCUGUCUGUCCCAGUAGAGUAUUUCAGAAAUGUGUUUUACAUCAAGUGUGUUUGUGUCUUUCAUAAGAAACUCCAACGCAUCUGCCUGCCUGUGCCCUUUUCCUUCGCUUUUUUCUUAAAGGUAUGAAACAAAGACCUCUGUAUCUGCUACCUCAGGAAAACUGGAAGUGCCCAUCUCACGGACAAAACCAAGAGAUCAGCAUGACACCAAAUGAGCCGUGUGGCCUCACCUGAAGUCCAAACUUCCCGACUGUGGGAGCUAACAAAGAUCUUUGCAAUGUGAAUAUGACUGGAUGAUAUAAGGGAAAGAAGAUCCUUAGACACUGCAUUGUCUGUAGCAUCGUUCUCUUCUCCCAGCUCAUCUGUGCGUUUCUUUUCCUUCUGUGAAGCAUGUGCUCAGGUGCCGUGCCAUGCCUAUGAAAUCAGUGGUGGUUGACUGAAACAGAAUUAUCCAUUGUUAUUCUUCAAAGGCAGUAUACGAGCAUGCCCUAAGGGCAGUCUCUGCAGCCCCUUAGAGUGGAUAUCCAUGCCAAAAGAGGUCAAUCUUCAUUUUUAUCUCUGCCCAUAGAAAUACUCUCCUGUGAAAUCCCAGUCCUCUUGAGACAGUAUGUCUACACGCAGUGGAUAACAAGUGUUAUUUCUAAUUGCAAAACAUGCGAAGUGGAGCGGUAAUCAUAAGAAUAGCCAUAUUGCAGAAAUGAAGACCCUGUGUAGAACUGUCUUUCUGUGCAAGUCUCAUGGCCUUGCACUGCCACGAUACCGUGCUGAGGGUGCCCGAGCAAGCCCUGGUUGAGCUGUAGAGCAACUGUUCUCCAACAGCCUCUGCUUCCCAUGGCCCUGCCAGGCCUCCUGGUAGCAAAGCAGCCCGGGAGCCUCGAAGCUGGGCUCCCCGUGCUACAGCAUGAAGGAAGUGUUUGUUAGUGCAGGGGUCUCUGCAGAAACUCUUGCAACUUAGAAAUGCCUGCUAGCAUUUUGAGGGUUUCUCUGGAACGUUGCUUUGCCACAAGUUCGGUUUCGAUGGUUCCAGUGGACCCUGGGGUCUAGCUUGCUCCAUGCUGCUGUCCUCUUUCUACCCAUCUGGCUUUUAUUAAGGGGCCUCUUCCCAGAAGUGGCUUUGGGAUAUCUGGUCUUAUCAAUCCACAGAUUGCUGCAAUAAUGACCAUGUCUCGUACCCAUGAAAAAUCUUUGUUUCUUAUUUCAGUUGAAAGAACCAAGUCAUUUUUUAGUCUCAGUUUUUGUUUAUAAAUUUAGUCAUGGUCAAGUCAUCUGUGGCUUAAGAUUAGGUUUGAGAGUCAGCCAUUGUGGGCCUUUUUCCCCAUUCAUGACACUGAUUUCCUAUGAGACCUCACACAAGUCAUCUGAGUUUUCUGUUUCAGCUACUCCACCUGUAAAACGGGAACAAUGAUGUUCUAUUAUCUUGCAAAGCACUUCGAAAUCUAUGGGUGUUGUGGGUUUGUUGCACGGUACUAAUUGCUUAUCAAACUAUUUAUGGAGUCUGUGGAUGCACAGGUCAAGUAUUUCUUUGAUGUACUGUUUCUGAAAUAAAUGAGGAUUAUUUUUAAA